AUGGCCGACCAGAGAACAGACCCUGUCUACCACCGCGAGGGCCAGAUGUAUGCGCACAACACGACUCUAUCGUCCAUCGCGCCCCUCAGCUCCCUACCGGCGUCAACCCAGCCCCUCUUCAAGCCGCCCCCAGACACCACCAAAACACCGUACAUCCUGACAUCCCCGUCAACCAUCUUCCACGCGCAAGGCGGCGGCCAGCCCUCAGAUGUAGGCACUAUAACAUUGACGUCGCCAACGCCGGAUGGAAACGAUCCCAAGUUCACGGUGCACCAGGUGCGCAAGGUGGACGCCUCGGCCGCGAUUCUGCACCUGGGCACUUUCGCGCCGGAGGAGCCGCGCUUCACGGAUGCAGAGGUGGGGCUGGAGGUCAAGCAGGCGGUCGACGUGCCCACGAGGGUGUUGCACAGCAGACUGCACACGGCCGGGCACGUGCUGGGCUUGGCGAUUCACUUGCUGAGUCGCGCGGGGGAGGCGGGGCUGCCGCGCGAUCUGCGGGACGGCAAGGCGAGUCACUACCCCGGCGCGGCGUUUGUGGAGAACAUUGGACUCAUUCCGGGCGAUGCGAAGGCGAGGAUUCAGGACAAGGUGGACGAGCUGGUGGCGCAGGACUUGGGGGUUGCUAUCCAUUUCUGGACGGGCGAGGAGGCCGGGACCAAGUGCAUCUCGGGACUGGACGGCGCGGCGGUGGGGGAGGGGGACGAGGUGAGGGUUGUGGAUAUCGGGGGGUUGGGGAGUUAUCCGUGUGGAGGGACACAUGUGGCAUGUCUGAAGGAGCUGGGGAGGGUGGUGGUGAGGGGGAUCAAGCGGCAGAAGGGGAUUAGUAAGGUUAGUUAUGAGGUUGUGGAUGCGUGA